ACACAGAUCUGCAUGACAUUUAAAUAUCUGAUCACCUAUUGGAAGAUGGUACUGGCUUUAUAAAGGGGGUGAGGAUCAUAAAGCAUUCAUACGGAAUCUAAUACAAGUGAGCCAUGGCAGUGUUUGAUCAUCUUGGGCUGGUGUCUCUGGCGGUGUUGAUGCUGGCGUCUCAGCUGGACUUCACCAGUGCUGCUGUUCGGGUGUUUGGCUUACAUGCCAGGGACCUCACCGGUGAUCCUGCCGGAAACGAUCCUGAUCCAUACGUUAAGGUCUGGUGUGCCUCUACUUUUGGAGGGAUGACAGAAUUUCGCAGGGAUAGCGCUAAUCCUUCAUGGUCUGCAGAAUUCAACUUCCCAAAUUGCGAAGCAAAGGAUGACCUGAAAUUUCAGGUGUGGGACAAAGACCUGAAUUUUGAUGAUAACUUGGGCACGUGUGUAAGACAGGUGCAAUAUGGGUCUUCCACCGGUACUUGUGAUCUGAAAAAUGGAGCCCUGUAUUACAGCUUUGAAGCAGCCAGGUAUUUGUAAAGCUGUUUACACGGUUAGUUCCACACCAGCAUUUUUUUUUUAAAGCUGCUUUAAAACAAACCUCCACUGUAACAAGCCUGAUAUAAUAAAGUAGAACAGUACUGAAUGUUUUGCACUGUUCAUCAAAAUCUUUAAUUGUCUAUUCACUAACAAAAGAUGCUAAUAAAAGUCUUAAACCAA